CAAGACAGACGGGGCUGAGAAAAGGGUACAGGACUUGGCUUUAUUUUCCACUUCUCUCUCCCCUCUCGGGAACUUGACAGUUUUGGGAGACUGCUAUGACGUCUCGCAGAAGCUACGGUUUUCAGCCAUGCUGGUUGUGGCUGGGUGUGGCCAGGGACCUGAAGUUAUGACCAGCAGAUUGUACACGUCUAUGGCCCAUGCCCUGUGAAUGUGUGGAAAUUAUGAGGUGGUUCCACCCCAACAUCACGGGGAUGGAGGCGGAGCAGCUCCUCCUGGCGCGGGGGGUCCAUGGCAGCUUCCUGGCCAGGCCCAGCAAGAGCAACCCGGGGGACUUCACUCUCUCCGUCAGGCGGAAUGAUGAGGUCACCCACAUUAAGAUCCAGAACUCGGGGGACUACUACGACCUGUACGGCGGGGAGAAGUUUGCCACGCUGGCGGAGCUGGUGCAGUACUACACCGAGCAGCACGACUUGCUGCGAGAGAGGAACGGAGACGUCAUCGAGCUCAAGUACCCCCUCAACUGCAAGGACCCCACGUCCGAGAGGUGGUACCACGGACACCUCUCCGGCCGGGACGCGGAGAAGCUGCUGAUGGAGAAGGGAAAGCCGGGCAGCUUCCUGGUGCGGGAGAGCCAGAGCAAGCCGGGCGACUUCGUCCUGUCCGUCCUCACCAACGAGGAGAAGCACGAGAACGUGGACCGCAGGACCAAGGUCACCCACGUGAUGAUCCACUACCAGGAUGGGAAGUAUGAUGUAGGCGGGGGGGAGAGGUUCGACACCCUGGCCGACUUGGUGGACCACUACAAGAAGAACCCCAUGGUGGAGAAGAGCGGGAUCGUGGUGCACCUUAAACAGCCCUUCAAUGCCACCAGGAUAAACGCAGCUAACAUUGAGAACCGGGUUCGGGAGCUGAACAAAGUGGCUGACAACUCAGAGAAGCCCAAGCAAGGAUUCUGGGAAGAGUUUGAGGUGCUGCAGCAGCAGGAAUGUAAGCUCCUGUACCCCAGAAAAGAAGGCCAGCGGCCAGAGAACAAGAGCAAAAACAGAUACAAGAACAUCCUGCCCUUUGACACCACACGAGUGGAGCUGAAGGAGGCAGACCCGGGAGUGCCCGGCUCUGACUACAUCAAUGCCAACUACAUCCGGAAUUUGCACGAGGAAGGGCGCUACAUGGACGAGGGCAAAGUCUUCAUCGCCACCCAGGGCUGCUUGCAGAACACCGUCAUAGACUUCUGGAAGAUGGUGUACCAGGAGAACACGCACGUCAUCGUCAUGACAACCAAGGAGAUGGAGAGAGGCCGGAACAAGUGCGUGCGGUACUGGCCUGACAUCGACUGCACUAAGGAGUUCGGGAAGGUGCGCGUUAAGAACAUCGAGGAGCGGCCGGCCCAGGACUACGUCCUGCGAGAGCUGGAGGUCACGCGCACGGACAGGAAUGACCCGCCCAGAUACAUCUGGCACUACCAGUACCUGAGCUGGCCGGAUCAUGGGGUCCCCAACGAACCUGGAGGGGUUCUGAGUUUCCUGGACCAGGUGAACCGAGCCCAGAGCGCCUUUCCUCAGACCGGACCCAUUGUGGUCCACUGCAGUGCAGGGAUCGGAAGAACCGGAACAAUCAUUGUGAUUGACCUCCUCAUCGACAUCAUUAACAGACAAGGGCUGGACUGUGACAUCGACAUCCCCAAGACCAUCCAGAUGGUGCGUCAGCAGCGUUCGGGGAUGGUGCAGACCGAGGCCCAGUACAAGUUCAUCUACAUGGCCGUGCAGCAGUACAUCGACACGGCGCAGAAGAGGCUGGAGGAGGAGCAGAGGAACAAAAUGAAGGAGAGGGAGUACUCGAACAUCAAGUACCCCCAGAUGACCAACGCCAAGCCGAAACCCAACAUGACCAUCUCGCGCUCCUCCUCCUCUGUGAUGAACGAUGACUCCGCGUCCGUGUACGAGAACCUGAACAUUAAAAACCCAAAGACCCCUGGGAGCACCAACAGCAGGAGAUAAGCCAUGCGGGCCGCCCAUCACUCUGCGCUUCCCUCUGCAAUGGAGAUGCCGGCUCGCACCCCCGGGUGGGCGGAGCUUCUGAGGCACGGAGAUCCCGGGGAUGGCGGUGAGAUGGAGCCGGGGGCAGGGACGCCAGAUGCCCCCCCUCCCUCCCCGGUGGCCUGCUGGAGUUCCCCGCCACAGAGAGCAGCGCGGCGCAGUGGCCUUCACCCCACCCCACCCCCCACCCCCAUCUGUCCGUCCGUCUGUCUGUCCGUCCAUCCCAUGCCCUCACCGGCUUGCGCUCACGUUCAAAGUGCCUCUUCCACAGCCGAGCCUGUCAAAGCUCAACCCUGCCCAAUCUCUGCUGUCCCCGAAAGCAAACCCUCUGAUCUUUUUUCCUUGGAUGUAAUAGGUUUACUCUUUAGAUAUAAGAAAAAAUAUAUAUGAAUAUAUAUUUAAUGUAUAUACUGAGAAGCAAAGGGUUAUGCACAGCUCUUCAGAAUCUGCUCUGCCUACUAGAUGUAUCUACUGUACUGUAACCAAAGAUCUCUGGCUCCUGUUUUUUUUUUAUUCUGUAAUUGCGAUCAGGAUUGAACUGAGUUACAGAGACGAGAGCGAUCAUGGUGUGAUUUGCUGCCAUACAGAGCACAUGAAAUCAAAACUCGUAUCUGCCUGAUCCCAAAGACAGCACCCAACUUUGAAAAAAAAAAUCCUACAAAACAGAUCUUUUUGUAAGUAUCGGAUUGUCCACCAACCGUCUCUUGCAAUGACAGACUGCCAGUGGCUUUCAGUAUUGGAGGAACAGUGACCUCCGGAUAUAGUUUUAGUGUAAACACAGAAAAUUGCACUUUUUUAAGAUUCAGAAAUAUGGAAAAGUUUUUGAAAUUUCUAUGUCUCGUAAAGCUCAGGUGUCGUUAUGCACCCAAGUUUCUUUUUUAAGAGGUUCAUCUUGCAAAGCCAUGUUUUCCAGGCUGCUCCAGACAGGAAGGAAGCCGCGCACUGUGUGAAGGUCAUCUCAGGCGCCGAUCUCUCUGUGAAGGGAUCAGUGGUCUCCAAUCUCUAUGACAGAUUCCUUCAGUGGGUAGUUUUGGGCUUGGAGAGCAGUGGGCCCUGACCAACCUGCCUUUCCGUGCAAUGGCCUCCUCAUGGGUUAUGGGUCACCCUCCCAAGCCGACAACAUCUAACCCACUAGCACUAAUUCACCUUCUCCUUUAGACUUACCCUGAUGC